GAUAGUUUAAAAAUGAAGGUUGACGUACGGUUUGAAUAGAUGGGAAGUACUGUAUUUUUACAAAGUGAUCGCAUAACAACAUGCACCCAGGAAGUGAGGCCCCUUGUGAAGCUUCCCCAUCCUCGGCCAUCUUUCUCCUGCUCCAAAUCAUCUCUCAACCUCUGUCUUGCCAUCUCUCCCCCAUUUUUCUUUUGAAACAGGUGAAAAACCUCAUAGAUGUCACUUAUGUCCAUUUGCCUCUGCUUACGAGCGUCACCUGGAAGCCCAUAUGCGUUCCCAUACAGGAGAAAAACCAUAUAAAUGUGAAUUGUGUUCCUUCCGCUGCAGCGAUCGAAGCAACCUGUCCCAUCAUCGACGGCGCAAGCAUAAGAUGGUGCCGAUCAAAGGUGCGAGGUCUUCCUUAAGCAGCAAGAAAAUGUGGGGCGUUUUACAGAAGAAAACCAGCAACCUGGGCUACAGCAGAAGAGCACUAAUCAACUUAAGUCCGCCUUCCAUGGUGGUUCAGAAGCCAGACUACCUUAACGAUUUCACCCAUGAAAUUCCCAACAUCCAGACGGACUCCUAUGAAAGUAUGGCGAAAAGCACCUCCACUGGGGGCCUACCCAGCGACCCCCAAGAACUCCUGGUCGACAACCCUCUCAAUCAGCUCUCCACUCUCGCAGGGCAGUUGUCCAGCCUGCCCCCUGAAAACCAGAACCCUGCGUCCCCCGACGUCGUGCCCUGCCCAGACGAGAAGCCUUUCCUGCUGCAGCAGCCCUCGGCCCAGGCAGUGGUUUCUGCCGUGGCCGCAAGUAUUCCUCAGAGCACCUCCCCCACCAGCCCCGAGCCUCGGCCGCCCCAGAGCCAGAGGAACUACAGUCCCGUGGCAGGUCCCAGCAGCGAGCCCAGCGCCCACACGAGCACCCCGAGCAUAGGAAACAGCCAGCCGAGCACGCCCGCUCCGACCCUGCCGGCCCAGGACCCGCAGCUCCUGCACCACUGCCAGCACUGUGACAUGUACUUUGCCGACAACAUCCUCUACACCAUUCACAUGGGCUGUCACGGGUAUGAGAACCCUUUCCAGUGCAACAUCUGCGGAUGCAAAUGUAAAAACAAGUACGACUUCGCCUGUCACUUUGCAAGAGGGCAGCAUAACCAGCACUGACCGGAACAGUCACAUUACUCUGUCCUUGGUUUUGACUUUAUGCAUUUUUUAGUUUUGUUUAUUGUGGGUUUUUGUUGGUAGGGAGAGGACCAUCCCUAAUAUGCUAAUUUAAAGUUUAUACAUUAUAUUUAUAGAAAACAAAGUUGACAAUAGAAACAAAUGUUUUCCCUUUUCCAUAAAAGUUUGUUCUAAUUUAUAUAUUAGAACAAUUAGACACUUUGGUGUCUGUUUUUUCCUUUUAUUUAGACUUUGAUGAUUGAAGUGCAAUCUUAAUCUUACAGGUAUUCAUUUAAACCCCCACGUUUAAGGUCCAUGUAGACUUCAAAGCUUGAUCCUAGUGGUGUUUCACUAUAUACGCAGUUAGAUGUCAUGUCUGCCAUAUUUAAAAAUGGUAGAAUAAAUUACUUUCUCACAAACUUUGUUACAACUUAUUUCCAUGUUUAGCAGAGGAAUUGCCUUUAAAGUUGCUCUUUAGAUAGUUGAAAUACUCUCUAGUUCACUUAGUUUAAGUUGAAUUGAUAGUUUCAACUGAUAGAAGUAAAGCUAUUUCAGUAUAUAGUAAACCUUUUUCUUUUUUCCAUAAGGGGGGAUGUAAAACAGUUAAUUCUUUUAAAAUUAAAGCUAUAAAAAUUUGAGAGGAAUGUCCUGAAAUGAAAUAAAACAAGGCUUUACAUUGAAAAUGGAGUUUAAUAUUUGAAAACCUGUUUAUUCAAUCUCUUGUUUAAAAAUGCAUCAAUUUGCCAUUGGAUUCGUUUUAUUAUACUUGUAGUUUAUUUUAAAACCCACAAGUAAAUACAUGAGAAUGCUGGAAAUGUCAGGUGAUUACCUAUGAAGAUGCCUUUUUUGUUCUUUUAGUUUGAACCUUGUAUUUCAACGCUUUAUUCUGACAUCAUCACUGUCAGGUGAGCUUAACAGGGACAGUGAGUGUCUGUUCUCCCUCCUCCUUUGAUGACCAAAGAGGUAAGUGACAGUCCCAUCGGGUUCCCGGAGACAGUCAGUCCUUCACGAAAUUUUGCGUCCUGUUUCCUGCCUCCGGCCUUGCACCCAUUUGUUGUCCAUAAUUUCUCAAAUGUGUGUAUAGGAAGACAUGGGAAAAUAGGACGAAGUAUAUUUUUAAAAAUGAAACACAUCCAAAACGAAUUCUUCUCUUCAGAAUUGGCCCCUUAGAACACUUAGUGUGACUUCAAGUUGUGAUGCUUGUUGCCGUUGUACCAGUCUUGCCUGCGCGGCGACAGAGCCAUGGAAGCUGACUGCCUCGACACCUAGUGGGAAAGGACUUACCAUGUGAAAGUAGAUAUCAAAUGCACACAGACAGAUUUAACUUGUUUACAGAAAUAAGACGUGCUAAUUAAUCUAGAGGAAUUUUGAAUAGGAGGCUGCUGUUGAUAUAUUGUGUAAUAACUCGCUUACCCUGAAGAGCGCUUGGUCAAACAAUAAACUUACUGUUUCUAACU